AUGCAUCCCAAACACAUGUGUCUGGUUGAAGAGGAUGAGAGCACGUGUGGUUCAACCAUCGUACGGCGGCCAGACACCUUGCCGAAAUUGGAACCAAUCUCCUCCAAGAACCAGUCUGUGGGGGUUUUACAACAACAGCCCCUGUCCAAGGAAACAAAUCGUGUUACAGCCACAAGAGGGGUCACUCUAAAACCUCUCCAACGAAGAACACAUCAACCAAGAUGGGACUCUCUCGUCAUCCCACCCACAUGGAAUUACAAAGGUGUUAGGGUGAAAGGUGCACGCUUCGACAAUACAGAACCUGAAGAUGAUGAUGUUGUUCGUCAUAUUGUGAGACUGAGAAGUAAGCGUGGCUGGCCCACCAUAUUGCCUGGUCAUCAACAACAAAAAAGAACAAAGACAUACUCAGAUCAUCCACAGGGAGGCUCACAUGGGACGCAAGACACAGGAGAGUAUGUGUAUUGUAUUAGAAGGAAUGAGGGCGAUGUCCAAUACAACCCGUAUGAACUCAAAGUUGUAUCUGUUCAAACAGCCAAGCAACACAGCCGCUACUGGACUAUUAGUGCGACGUGCGUGCAAGAGGUAUCGGUUUUGCAACAGUACAGUGAAGUUGUUCCAGUAAUGGAUUGGCUGGCCGACAGAGACCUCUUCCACAAAAUCUAUCUGCUACCUUUCUUUUCAAAGUUCAGAGAUCCCAAGGAUCCCAAAUCUUGCCCACCACCAUAUGGUGAGAUGUUGAAAUGGAAGAUGUUAAUGAAGCGCUUUGGACGCUUCCUAGCCAUGGUGGACUACAUGUUUGAGACUGUGCUGAGCGAUCUGCUGCGCGCCACUGUGUCCACACUGCACUCUUCCCUGUGGGCGUCCUACCACCACGCACAGGCAGGGGUCAAACUGGAGGACGCUGGUGGCACCACGCAAGCUGAUGCAGAGAGUUCAGACCGUGAGAAGACGGCUGAAAUGACCAUCUCCCCCUCCAUGGAAGACUUCAUGGAGAAAAUUCAACAGGUUCUAGAUGGCUUCUGCAAUGUAAUUGUCAAACAGAUUCCCCUUUUCAAGGAUCCCAGUCUGCUAGACCUGCAUCGUCCAUCUAUGUUUACCGCUGAACUGUUUGACGUGUCUGAGGAAGAGGGCAGUGCAGCUGUAAGGUCUUGGCCGGACUUGCAGCUAUUGCUAGGCCAAGACGCAGUCUACCAGAUGCAGGUGUCCGAGGUCCUGAGUAUGGUGAAGCGCAGUUUCGACGAGGCAGAGAGGCGCUGCGUCUCGAUGCAGAAGUUCUGUAAGAUGGUGAGCACGGCCAUGUUCCUGCACGUGGACAGCUUUCUGGAGGAGGAGACCUGGACGGCCCAAGACUUGAAGGCCGUCCUGAUGGCUCACGUGGACAGUGUGCAGCAGAUGCUCAAGAUGAGGAUGGAGAAGCGCGUCAACAUGAUGCUCAUCAGCUGCCGUCAGUACCAGCGCGACUGCCUGCCCUAUCCUCAGACGCUCCUCCACAACAUGCACAUGCUGCUGCCCACCUUUGUCCAGAGGAAGAACCUUGACCUCAUGGAGGUCAUUCAAUCAGCUCUGAGAAACCUUCAAUCGUCGUCUGAGACUCUGGAUGAGUUUGUUGACCACCUCAACUUCCUGAGCGAAAUCUCUGUGAAGCUUCCUGGUCUGGAGAGACAGUAUCACUUUCUUGUGCAGCUGUACUCUAUCGUGAAACAGUUUAAUAUCAUCAUUCCAGCUGAGAAUUUGGCCCUUUUCCGUCACCUGAUUUACAGCUUUGCCAACCUCAAGUCUACCAUCUUGAUAUGCGAGACCAAACGUGAUGAUAAAAUUUUCACAUUCAUUACGGACCUGUCCAAACAACUGUCUAAACUCAGACAUGACCUCAUCCUCAUCAGGAUGAAGAUAUUCAAUCCACUGCUUGUUUGUGCGAGCACGUCAAUGGAGAUGGCCACUGAGCUGCUGCAAACCCUUGCAGAAGACCUCGAUACCUACUCCUGCAAAGCCUACAGUUACUUCAGGUUUCGAGAGCUGCUGGGAAGGUCGUUUUCCAGGAAGAACAAGGGUUCCAUAGCCAACAAAGAGGAAGUGACUGAUGCGGUGGUGGAACAGGAGCUGAAUGAAGUCAGCAAUGCGCUCACUCUGCGCAGGAUGCUGUGGGACAUGCAGAGGGAGUGGCACGCGGAGUACGCCCAGUGGAGGGCCACACCCUUCGAGCUUCUGAACGUGGACGACCUGCAAAAUGACGUCAACCGCUUCACUCAGACCAUCUACAUUCUGACAAAAGGCCUACCUGAAAAUGACAUUGUGCCACAGCUAAAGCAGAAGUUGGGAGAUUUUAAACAAUGCUUGCCUAUCAUCAUUGCCCUGCGCAAUCCUCAUCUUCGCAGAAGACACAUAGAAGAAAUGCAGAAGAAUGUUGGACGUUUUUUUUUGCCAGAUGAUGGUUCUACUUUGGGAGACCUGCUCGACCUAAAGAUCUUGCAGCACAGUCGUCUAGUCAGCGAAAUCUCUAGUACAGCCACACACGAAGCGACCUUGGAGACCAUCCUGAGCAAGGUCAUUGAACUGUGGAGCUACACAGACUUUCGCCUCAUCACCCACACCUCGGAGUCAUGCACGGUGAAGAUAAUCGCCUCCGCUGAUGAUGUCAUGAUGCAGCUUGAAGAGAGUCAGACCACCAUCAUGAGCUUGAAGUCAUCACGUUAUGUUGAGCCAAUCAAGGGCUCAAUUGACGAGUGGGACCGAAAGCUGAAGCAUUUUUCCAGCACCUUGUCAGAGUGGGUUACAUGCCAGAAGCGAUGGCUUUACCUAGAGGCCAUCUUCUCAGCCGUGGGUAUUCAAAGACAGCUGCCAACAGAAGCCAAGCUCUUUGAGGAAGUUAACGAAGCCUGGAAGCAACUGAUGCUGAAAACGGAGCAGGAUCCAAAUGCUUUAAGGAAUGGUACCUUCCCUGGGGUUCUGGAGGACCUUCAGAACAACAACUCGCAGCUGGAGAAGAUACAAAAGUGCCUGGAGGAUUAUCUUGAGUCCAAGCGAAACAUUUUCCCAAGAUUCUACUUUCUCAGCAAUGAGGAACUAAUCAGUGUCUUGACACAGAGUAGGAAUCCCAGUGUCAUCCAGCCAUUUUUGGUGAAAUGCUUCUCCAACAUCUAUCGCUUGGAGAUGCAGGAACAGACGUUGCUUCAUCCACUGCUGGUUCAGUUGCAUUCUUUGGAAGGGGAGACUAUCACCAUGCCAACAAUUGUUCAGAUACGUGGACCUGUUGAGCAGUGGAUGGGAAACGUGGAGACGGCCAUGUAUAAUGCAGUUAAACGACACAUGAGGUUGGCUGUGGCUGACUGGAACCCUGACGAUUUCACAAACUGGGCAAUAGCUCAUCCCGGUCAAGUUGUUCUCACCGUGACCCAGAUCAUGUUCAGCUCGGACUGCGAGAGGUGUCUGAGCGGCGGCAGUGGUCAGCGUGAGGGCUUGAGGGCGGUGCAGCAGCAGAUGAUCGGCAGUGUGGAGGCUCUGACCGCGCUGGCCUUCAAACAGCUGGCCAGCCACAAGCAGGCCACCGUGGAGACCCUCUUUACCAUCCUGGUGCACUGCCGAGACAUCCUCUCCCACCUCAUCCAGCACAACGUCAUCAGCGCAGACAACUUUGAGUGGCGGAGGCAGCUACUGUACAACUGGCACGACAGCACGUCUCUCUGCUACGUGGUGCAGGCCAAGUCCUCGUUUGCCUACGGCUAUGAGUACCAGGGCUGCUCCCCGCGCCUGGUCAUCACCCCUCUCACCGACCGCUGCUGGCUCACCCUCACCGGGGCCCUGAGCUUGCACCUGGGCGGAGCCCUGGUCGGACCCACGGCCACGGGCAAAACCGAGUCUGUGAAAGACCUGGCCAAGGCCCUGGGGAAGUUCUGUCUAGUGAUGAAUUGCAGCGCUAGCUUGGAUUACAAGAUGAUGGGUAAGCUGUACUCUGGCAUGGUUCAGUCUGGUGCAUGGUGCUGCUUCGAUGAGUUUAACAGCAUCAGCGUGAAGGUCCUGUCAGUCAUCGCUGCUCAACUGCAGUCAAUUAGGGCAGCCAAAAACAGUCACAGUACCAGGUUUACGUUUGAAGGCAGAGACAUUCGUCUGAAUGCUUCUUGUGGUUAUUUCAUCACAAUGAAUCCGAGGUAUGGGGGUCGAGUCGAACUGCCGGAUAAUUUGAAGAUCCUGGUUCGGCCGGUCGCCAUGAUGGUCCCGGACUUCCACCUUAUUGCUGAAAUCAUUCUUUUUUCCACGGGAUUCAAGUCCGCCAAAACUCUCUCCAGAAAGAUUGUCCAUCUCUACCAGGUUGCAAGUAAACAGCUGUCCCAACAGGAUCACUACGACUUCAGCAUGAGGUCAAUCAAGCCAGUUCUCCUCCUCGCUGGGCACAAGAGACGAGCUGUGAUGUUGGUGUCACUCAGCUCAGAGGAGGAGUACUGCAUUCUCAUUUGUGCCCUGCAAGAGUUCAACCUUCCCAAGCUCAUCCCAGAAGAUGUACCGCUCUUCCAGGGCAUUAUGCACGACCUGUUCCCAGAAGUGGUGGCACCCAAAGCAGUCCACCCUCAACUGGAGAACGCCAUCACCAAAGCUAUAGACGCUCUGGGACUGCAACGGUGCCCAAUCCAAGCUGAGAAAGUCACCCAGCUCUAUAGUCAGAUUUUGGCCCAUACAGGAGUGAUGCUGGUGGGACCCACUGGCGGGGGGAAGACCACUAUACGCCUCAUACUGCAGCAUGCCCUCGAGAUCAUGCCCGCCUUCAUGCACAGAUCCAGCUUUCUGUGGGGCAACGAGUUGUACAUGGACUGCUUCACAAUCAACCCAAAGUGUGUGGAGUUGGGCGAGCUCUUUGGCCAGAUGAACCCCAAUACUCUGGAGUGGUCCGACGGCCUGCUGGCCAGUGCCAUAAGGAACUACGCCAAGGAGCUCUCGCAGGGGGAGAAGAAGCCAACGCCAGCCACUGCUGAAGUUCCUGCUAACAACCCGGGUCCCGGUGCUGUACAGCGCCCGCCGACCGUCAACAGCUAUCAAGGCGCCCCCCCAGGAGCACCUGUGAUUGAGAAGUGGCGUUGGGUGAUUAUGGACGGGCCGGUGGACAGCCUGUGGGUGGAGAGCUUGAACACGGCGCUGGACGAGAGCAGCACCCUGUGCCUGAUUAACGGCGAGCGCAUCAACCUCCCCGACGGCCUCAGCUUCCUCUUCGAAGUGGACUCCCUCAGCCACGCCACGCCGGCCACCAUCAGCCGCUGUGCCAUGGUCUAUGUGGAUCCGGUGGGGAAGGCCUGGAAGCUGUACGUGGACCGCUGGCUGUCUCAGCUGUCUUCCUUCAUGAAGGAGCACGGCGUGGCCUACCUGAAGAAGCUCAUGUACGGCACGGUGAACCAGGGCGUCUUCUUCGUGCACAGCCACCGCAAGCUGCUGAGCUUCAGGGUCCCCGAGCUGUCGCUGGUCAUGACCCUCUGCAGCAUCCUCAACUCCAUCUUCAACCUCCUGCAUAAGAACGGAGGCCUUGGUCAGAAUGAAGACAAAACUUGUCACAAUGUAUAUACAUCUGGUCGCUCUGGUCUACAAGACUGUGGCAGGAGAAGAAGAAGAACAACGGCCUGCAACGAGGAGGUGAAAUGGUUCCUUCAGAAGUACCCAGACAAGCUGACGUCGCUGCUGGGGAAGCUGUAUGUGUUUGCCUUCACCUGGGCUUUCGGAGGAGUCCUGAACCACAUGAACGAGUACGACGACGCUCACGGCAACUACAGGGACAAGAGUGACCCCCUGGUGAAGGCCUCCCAUGAGUUUCAGACCUUGUUGCGAGAGUUGUUCGAGGGAGGCCAACAUUAUGGCAUCCCCCUCCCCAGUGGAAACCUCUUCAGUUACUUUGUGGAUAUGCAGACGGAUUCCUUUGUGUUGUGGGAGGAGCUGGUCCCCUCGACAGAGAUCCUCAUCCGCAGAGGGCUAACUCCUGGCCGGCGGGACGUAGCGAGUGCGUACAGUGCGGUGUACAGCGGGCGCGACACCCUCACCCCGAACUCGCAGCACGUCUCCAACCUGGACAGCAUCCGCUACUCCUUUCUGAUCAGCUUGCUGCUGGUGCACGAUCAGCCCGUCCUGCUCACGGGGGAUUCAGGGGUGGGUAAGUCUAUGCUGAUUGAGAGCAUGCUGAAGAAACUGCAGAGGGAUCAGGGGGACAUUGGAAACCCAUCCACCAUCCUUGGUCAAGUCUUCUUGCAUCAUCAGGCCAAGACCGUCAGCUUGUUGGAGGAUGUGUCUCUGCUCACUGAUGGCUUAACAGAUAAUGAUUAUCCAUAUGGAGACUCCACUGACAUGGUAUCAGCUGCCAGCCCGUUUGGGAAGUUGCACAGUAUGGAGCAGGAGGAAGGUAUGGGCUCCUCGGAAUCAGGGAUCCUCACCCGCCCCUUUCAGUGCACGGCACACACCGGGCCCCAGCACAUUAAAGCUCACGUGCUGCAUGGACUGACCAAGAGGGGCCAGAAUCUACUGGGAGCAUCAAAGAACAGAAAGGUUUUGAUAUUCCUUGAUGACAUCAAUAUGCCCGUACCAGAUGAGUCUGGUGUUCAGCCCUCCAUGGAGCUGCUGAGACAGUUCAUAGAGGCCGAUGGAGUUCAUGACACCAAGACACUCUCCUGGAAGGGCAUUCAGGACGUGACCUUCUUCGCCGCUUGUGCCCCCCCUGGUGGUGGACGGCAGCAACUGAGCAAGCGACUGCUGAGGCACUUCUCCCUGCUGGCCCUGCCUCACCCAUCCUACAGCACCAUGUCCCACAUCUUUCAGGUCCAACUGGGGAAGUUCCUGGUCUCAGGGGACUUCUGUAUGGAGGUGCAGCAGUGUCGCGAGACUCUAGUGUCUGCUGCCAUCGCCAUCUACCUGGAGAUGUGUCACUCCGUGCUGCCCUCACCUGCCAGAUACCACUACACCUACAACCUCCGAGACCUCUACAAAGUGAUCCACGGCCUGAUGCAGUGCCACUCGUCUGAGGUGAGGACAGACGAGGCUCUGGCCUACCUGCUGGCCAACGAGGCCUCACGCGUCUUCCACGACCGCCUCAUGUCCGACGAGGACAGGCAAAUCUUCUGCCAGAUAGUCGCCAACGAGCUCCAGAUACACUUCAAGGUGUUCUGGGGUGCGGAGUCCAUGAUGAAGGAGCCGGUGAUGUUUGCCGACUUCUUGGACCCCACCGUGCCCAUCGCCUCCCGCGUCUACAAGCACAUCCGCGACAAGAACAAGAUCCUGCCUGUCCUGGAGGACUGCCACAACAAGCACUGCAAGACCAAGUCUGGGUUUCCCAUGGUGUUCUUCAGAGAGGCUGUGGAGCAUGUGACUCGAGCAGCACGCAUCUUUCGGCAGCAGGGAUCACACAUGAUGCUGAUUGGGCUGGAUGGCACUGGGAAGGAGAGCUGUGUGACUCUGGCCUGCCACCUGGCCGCCUGCCGCCUCUACAGACUCUCUGUCUCUCGGAACUGCAGCUACUCGGACUUCCGUGAUGACAUCCGCAGGGUCUUCUACCUGACCGGCGUCGAGCAACUGGACACCGUACUGCUCAUCACAGACCCCGAGAUACUUAAGGAGUCUGUCAUGAAGGACCUGGACUGCCUUCUGAAGUGUGGAGACCUCCCCGGCCUCUUCAACAGUGAGGACAUUGACAACAUCACGGCUGAUCUGAGGACUCGGGGCAGAGUGUGGGAGAAGCGAGAGGAAGCAUACACCCAAUUCACAAAGCAAGUCAAGCAGAGGCUGCACGUUGUUCUGACGAUGAGCCCGGCCGGGUCCCGCCUGCGUCAGUUCUGCUGGUCCCACCCGGCGCUGCUGGGCUGCUGCAACAUUGACUGGUACAGCCCUUGGUCCAAGGAGUCCCUGCUACAAGUAGCCAGGAGCAUGUACAUCAACGCAGAGGACUACUACCUGGGCGAGGGCCUGCAUGAGUUGGUGGCGCAGGCCUGUGUGGACAUGCACUACAGCAUUUCCCAGAUGGCCGAGCGGUACGGUCAGGAGGCGCGCAGGCCCUACUACGUGGUGCCCAGCAUCUUCAGCGAGUUCAUGGGCACCUUCUUCAAGAUGCUGCGCUCCAGAGAGGGGGAUCUGCACAGCAUCAGGAAUCGGUACACAAAAGGACUCGCCAUCUUGUUGGAGUCAACCUCUUACAUCACGGUGAUGAAGGAGGAGCUUGUAGCUCUUAGCGAGAAGAUAGAGGAGAAGACAGAGGAAAUAGAGACUCUGAUGAGCAAGCUGCAGAGGGAUGCGGACAUUGUGGAGCAGGUCAGAGCCAUCGUGCAGAUGGAGGAGAACAUCAUGAUCCAGGAGACGCAGAUAGUGCAGGACUAUGCACAGGAGGCCCAAGUUGAUUUGAAAACGGCGCUUCCUCUACUGGAGAAGGCUAGAGAGGCACUAGACGGCCUUGACAAAAAUGACAUCUCGGAGAUCAGGGUCUACACCAACCCACCAGACCUGGUGCUGACGGUCAUGUAUGCGGUGUGCAUCCUGCUGCAGCAGAAGCCCACCUGGGCCGUGGCCAAGGUGCUGCUGGGGGACCCGGGCUUCCUCAAGAAACUCGUCGGCCUGGACAAAGAUACCCUGCCAGACAAAGUGAGCUCAUUCUUGUGA